AUGUUUAAGAGUCUGUUAAAUUUUUUCAAUCCAUUUCAUGGAGUACCAGGAGGUACUACAAAAGAAACUGCUGCUCUAUCAAAAAGCCAUGAAAAAAACGAAAAAAUUAUAGAUCAACCUCCGAAUAAGGAUAAAAGAUUAAAUGAUACCGCUGAACCAGGUAAAGAAGAUAUAAUCACAAGCAUUCCUGAACGUCCUACUCUUAGUGUUUGUGAGAUAGUAAAUGAGGACCUUGUCUUGACCGAUGAUGGUCAUGAAAUUCCAAAUACUGAAUCUGAACUCACUGAUAAAUCUGAAAAAAUUGAUAAAAGUAAUGAUUCAAGUGAAAAGAGGCUCAAGAGAGGUGACAAUCUAGACCAGAAGGUGAAGAAUGGAUAUCCAGUAGACAGUGAAAAGGUACCUGACCAUGAAACUCAACAGACGUCAGGAAAAAUACCAGGAAAGUUAUCAAAGGAAGAAGCCGAUGAUUCAAAGAGUGACUCGAUGGACGAAAGCGAUACAGGGAUCAAACACAUAAAAAUCCAAGAUAUAGCUACACAAAACAAAAUUGAGGAGAAUCCAAAUGAGACCAAGAAGCAAAAAGGCAAACAAAAAAAAGUUGGCUCAGAUAUCGCAAGAAAAAGAGCCAGGCACACAAAAUCUGUGAAAGACAUUGCAGAAGAAAAAUAUGCAAAAAAGGAUGAAACAGGGGCAGCUAUUUUGCCUCCAGCCAAGAAAAGGAAGACUAUGCAAAGUAUUAGAAAGUUGGCUAAGUUAAGGAAAAAUGUGGACAACCCUGUUAAACACUAA